AUGUCUGAAAGAGCUGAUCACAUCUCCUUAAUGAUAGACGAACAGCUUGCCUGCAUAUCUCCUACACCCUCUGACCAUUGCAUCUUUAGAGUAUAUGAUGAAAUUCGCGUUGAAAAUGAAAAAGCCUAUGAACCCUUGAAGCUUGCAAUUGGACCUUAUUAUCAUGGUAAAGAUAAGUUACUGGAUAUGCAAGAGCACAAAAUGCGGUAUCUACAGCUACUUCUCAAAAGGAUAAAUGAGACGAGUGUGGACAAAUACAUAGUGGCCUUGGGUGACAUGGAGGAGAGAGCUAGAAAAUGUUGUUCAGAACCUAGUGUUCUUGAUGAAUAUGAAUUUCUAAAAAUGAUGCUUCUUGAUGGAUUCUUCAUGAUUGAAUUAUUUCGUAGGCAUGAAAACCCUUGUCUCCAACUUAUCGAAAAUCAGAAUGACAAUGACCCUAUUUUCCAAUCUCACCAGUUUCGAGUUAACAUACGACGUGAUUUAUUAUUACUGGAAAAUCAACUACCAUUUUUUAUUGUUGUGAAACUGUUCAACAUGACAACGGAUACAGACACACAUGAAGACAUCCGUUAUUUGGCAUUGUCUUUUAUGGAAUAUGUAUUGCCAGGGCCAUCUCUGUCAAAACCUUCAGAAAUCGAAGUGGAUGAUGUCAAGCAUCUACUUCACCUGGUACACAACUCUAUGUGUGCUUCAUUUGCUAAGGUUGUAUCAUAUGGAAAUGAAAAUGAUGAAUGGGAAUUCAUAAGCUCUGUCACACAGCUCCAAGAGGCAGGAAUUGAAUUAAAGGCAGCCAAGGAAUGUAAUAGUUUAUAUGAUAUUAAGUUCAAUGAUGGGUUGACUGAAAUUCCCCCAUUCUCUAUUGGUGAUGAAACUGAAUCAGUCUUCAGAAAUCUAAUUGCAUAUGAACAAUUUCUUCCUGAUAUUCAUCGAUGA